AUGCGGGAAGAGCUCAGCCGGAGCACGGUGGUGGGCGGGGUCCGUGUGGAUGCGGCCAUUCAGCAGGUGGAGGAUGAGCUUUCCAAGUGGCAGUGCAACAAGUAUACUCACAUCACUCGGGCGGUGCAAAUGCUCGAGCAGAAGGCAGGCCACUGUCAGGUCAUUAAGCUGGAGACGAUUUUCAGUCGCCCGGCACAAGAUUGUCCGGUGCCGGUGGCUGUGGUCUUCGUGUACUUCCACUUGGACACCUCCACCGGCGCCUUGACCUACCAGUUCGAGGAGGAGAACGUUCAACAUGAGGUGAGCGGACAAAGCUUAGCUCCUGGGAUGUACGAAUGCUGGCUCGACCGCAUCAUCGGGGACAAGUUGCAGGUGCGGCAGCUCCACGAUUUGGCGACCUCCUUCGAACAGACUCGCCUGGUUCCACCUCCACACAUUGAAGAAGCGGAGGCCUCCAGUGGCUGGACGGCCCUUGUCUCAGAAGAAACCUGCAGUCCCCGAACCUUCAUGUUGGUGGGCACCAGCCAUUCGAACUUGCCUGUCACAGUGGAGGACGCAAGCGGGCCACAUGCGCCCGGCCACGUGGCCGCUGAUGUGGCCGCUGUUCCCAGCGCUGGAGCCGGUGUACCAGUUGCUCCCGCGGAGGAUCCAGCGGUGGAGCUGGAUUUGAGCACCUUGUUGGCCAACAUCUUUGAUGCGGCGGACGAGGAGAAUGAGCUCGAGCUCCGACACAAGGAGGUCGCUGAUCUGCUCUAUGCCACACCCUUGGGGUUGACGGAUUGGGACAUCAAGUUGCUUUUGACCAGAGCGACAGAGUUCGAGACCGGAAGGAUCGAGUACCAGCCCUUCGUGUCGGCGGCGCCGGAGAUCAUCGAGGGGCUCCGGCAGCGGCGCAGUGCCUUUGAGAGCCGGAAGGUCGCGGAUGCCGCGCCGGUGACCAUGGAGGCCAUCGAGCUCUGCUUCGGUGAGGAGAUCGAGGAAGUGGCGAGGACCAUGCGAGAAGCGUUUGGACAGCACGACCCGGCCAGCCAGGGGACGCUGACGCGGCACGAGUUUCGAUCCUGCUUGAUGUCCAAGAUGGAACGGCUCUCGCUGCAAGAGGUGCAGAUGCUGAUGCAGAUGUGCCGAGAAGAUGAACAGGGCAAUGUCUUAGUCUAUGAGGAAUUCCCCAUGCUCUUGCAACAGCUGCGCAUUGAGACCCGUCAUUUGAUUAGCUGGUUGAUUUGGGGCCUUGUUUUCCUCAAGACCACCACGCUGCCAAUUGGAUGGUCCCUUUCAACCAUCCGUCCGGAUGCCUUGCACAAUGCCCUGGUGGAGACGGACGUGGGCGCCCUGAGGAUUCAUCUCAUUCUCUUGGCCCGACGCAUGGGUUUGCCCAGCGACAACAUUUUGCCGGUUUGGGACCUCCGGAAGAUCCUCUUGGCAGCAGACCAGCUCUGCUUGUCACGAAUGCAAAUCCAUGUGAUCCUGAGCAUCGUCCAUCCGGAUGAGCAUGGGGAUGUGGAAUUUGGCUACUUCUUGCGGGUUUGCUGCACGGUGAUCCCAUGGAUGUUCGACACCAACGCCUUCGCGGAAAAGGCGGCGACGAUCGCCAAGGAGAAGGCGGAUGCGCUGGCGAAGCAGGACCGGAUGGGAGAGUCUCUGGAGUUGGAAGAGCUCCAAGGCUUAAGCAGCAGCUUAGCCAACAAGAAACGGGGUAUGGACGAGGACGGGAUGCAGCGUUCGGAGGAUCAAGAGGAUCAGCAACAGAACGCACCUGACCGGGACGCCGUGGAGAAGAGUUUGAUCCACGUGGGAACCCAGGCGGAUGAUAAGCAUCGGAAUCCGCCCACCUUGGAGGUGAGGAAAUUCUUGGAGGCCAUGAAGCAGGAGUCCGAGAAGUGCCAGCUCAGCGAGGCCGAGCUCCGCGGCUUCGUCGCCGAGGCGGAGAUCGACGCCGGCGGCGACGUGGCCUACGUGGACCACAUCAAGACCUGGGUGCCCAUCCUCUUUGAGCUCAGGAAGUCCAUCAUCUACGAUGGCAUCCUGGCCAUGGAGUGGGGCCCCAGCAGCGAGGAGCUGGUGAAUUUGUCCGCCUACGAGGCGCAGUUUCCACUCCAUGCGCCGGGAGCGGAGACUGGAGAGGAUCGGAAGAAGAGGCGCCAAACGCGGGGUUUGAAGAGCGGAGACUGGGGGGAGGAUGGAGGAUGA